AUGGGGAUGAGGAGGAAGAAUUUGAGGUUGAAGAGGCGAGUGGUGUGCGGUCUGGGGGAGCCAAGGAAGGCUCCAAGUCCGUUCCGCAAGAUCCAUCUGAUGCUGAAACGGUGCCCGCAAGCGACUCACUCAUCGCUGCACUACCGACGGACCCCUAGGUCCUACCGCGAGGACCAAGAUCAAAAAAGUUGCCCUGCAAAUCUAAGACGGGCGAUGCUGUUGCAAUGGCUGUUCGUGCAUUGUUGGUCAGACUCUGAAGUGCGAAGGUCCGGCAACACGUGGGGAAGUAGCUGGUGGCCCUGCGCUUGGGCGAGCCGGGGUGGCGUUUUGUUUCGGUGUCCUGUGUCAGGUCGCGCCCAGCAUGGCGAGACCCUUAGGAUGGCACUGUUUCGAUAUCCUGUCAGACCUCACUGCCAAGUCUGCGUGAAGACUUCGGGCUCUUCCGAUCAGAUGUUCUCCAAUGUACACUUGUCAAGCUGUCGUCUUCGGCUUUCCGAACACCACGAAGCAGUGAACUGA